AAAAUAUGAUCGGGCGACAACAGGAAUUAUCCUUGGGGAAACAUUAUUUAUCAUUUGGUGUUUGUUCUGCAUAGAAACAGUCUUUGACUCCUGCAGUUGGAAUAUAAAAAUACAAGGGAACGCAAGCAUUCUUCCCUUGGUUUCAUAUCACAAGUAUGGAGAAGCAAGUAUCUCCACUGCUCCCAACAGUAUCCAAAACUGUUGCGUAUCGCAAAAAUCCUGCAUCUCACCGAUAUCAUAUGCGCUUGCCGGUAUGGAGAACGCUCGCUCUCUUGCUGGUCCUUAUCAACACGUACGCCAUUCCCCGCUGUGGACUGUAUCCUCUCUUCAACACCCAACUUGCUACGAGAAAUUCGCAGUACAGACAAGCUGCAAAUCCUACGGACAGUAUCCCUCAGCAGCGUGAGUUUGCGCCAGCUGGGCCGAAAAGGUUUACUGCCGUCAUUACGUGGGUCAAUGGUAGCGACCCGCUUCACCAGCAGAUGCGCUCAAUAUACGCACGGGAGGCACCACAUGUCAACAUGGUAAAUCGGUUCAGAGAUCUCGGUGAAUUGAGGUACACCGUGAGAAGUCUGCAAAAGUUUGCCAGCUGGAUCAAGGAAAUUCUCAUCUUAACGAGCGAUUAUCGGAACGUGGAAUAUGGAUCCGAUCGUGGACAGGUUCCAAUAUGGUUUGCAGAGGUGUCCUCUGAAAGUGAACCAGUACCUCCCGUACGAGUAAUUCAUCAUGACGAGUUUUUUGCAAACGCUCAAGGGUCGCUGCCGACAUUCAAUAGUCUGGCCAUUGAGAGCCAAUUGGGGAAUUUGCCAGGGCUCGAUGAGGAUAUCAUGUUAUACUUUAAUGACGAUAUUACCGUCGGGCAGGCACUCCAAUCAUCAGACUUUUACUCUCCCGAGUCCGGAUUUGCUUUCGCCAUUCAAUCUGAUCUGCAGGUCAGCGCCUUUGACCGGCCGCCUCGCAUUGAAUCUUCUCAAGGAGAGUGGCCCGCUCUUGACUGGUCCAACUAUUUACUCAGUCAAAGAUUUGGCAAACGACGACGGGGUUAUGUCGCUCACAGCGUUAAAGCCUUUGCGACCCCUCUAUUACAAGAACUGGCCUCAGAUUUCCCCUCAGCCUUCCGACAGACGUCUCAUCACAGGUUUCGCGGCAUCGGUCACGACGUACACACUCCUUUCAUGGCCGUGCACUAUGUCCUGGAAAUGCAUCGCGAGAGUGUGUUGAAAUACUUUGUAAAUAACGUGCUAGAUGAGAACGGAGAUGGUGUUGUGGAUGAUCAGGAAGUGGAAGCAUUGCAAAAAUUGUCCUGGGACGCAGACUUGGUGAACGGGAACGGAAUUCCUGUGCGGGAAAAUCGGAGGACAUGGGACUCGAGGAAUGGCUACCCCCACAUGACAGUCCAGCCAGAGGCAGGGAAUGCAUGGACAUACACUGAUGGCACCCCACCUUCCCUCCGCAAAUGCAGCUUUUCGCUUAACGUUUGCCUUCCGUCAGUGAGAUCAGCUCAAGCGAUUUUGCGCCACAUUGGCCGCGAACACAUUGCUUGCGGAGACUGCCUCCUGAAUACCAUGGCCCGAGCUUCGGGCGACGCUGGAAUCGACUCGUACCUCGUGCAAAACACCAAGCGCAACGUCAGCUCAAAUCCGCUAGCUGAAGUCUCAAAAUACAAAUAUUCGCUUACCUCACUAUCUCUGUCCUUCCUGAAGCUCGAAAACGACGACUGCGCGACAUGGAGAUCUAUGGAACUUCUGGCGGAAAAUCCAACCGCAAUAAUAUGUUUGAAUGACGAUAUUGGCAGACCAGGUGCCGUGAACGGCAUAAAGAGUAUGCUGGAAGUGUUCUUUGCACGUCUAGGAUUGAAGAAUGACGGAGCCGCCAUCAAAGAAUUUGACGCAUGUGCGCCAAGGAGUCGUCCAAGGAGACCUAUUCUCAGCGAUUUUAGUUAGGACGAUUAUGUACCGACUAGCAGCACUAGAUAGUUUUGCCUGCCAUUAGACGCAUGCAGUUUACCCUUAUCCGUGGAAUAAAUACUUGCUCGCUCGCAACAGGCACAAUGGUUGCAAAGA